AUGUUUUAUAUCUUCUUUCUCUUCUCUCUUUCCUCUCUAUUUAACAAGCUAAAGAGAAAGAAAAGGAAAAAAAAAGAACACAACGAAGUCCAGGAAGAAAAAAAAAAGCAGAUGAGAAAGAAGAAGAAAAAGUCGAAGUUGAAGAUUUUGAGAUGA